CCAGUGAGGGGGAUUUCAGCAAGGAUGAUUGCAGCAGCAAUGAAGAUAUGAUUGCAGUUAGAAGCGUUGCCACUGGUACACACGGUCCACUUUUCCAAGAUUCUGCUGUUCAGAGUGACGAUUUCAACACAGCAUUCUUAUCACUAGCACAAAGGCACAAUUUGACUUACUCAAGCCAAGGUGAUAUACUGAAGCUUUUGUCCAUUGUGUUACCAUCACCAAGCUACAUUCCAUCUUCUGCUCAUGUGCUCUAUAAGAAAUAUUCUAAUUACAAAGAGGACACUGUUGUGCAGCAUUUUUGUGACAAUUGUACAUGUCCUCUUGAGCCAGGUUCGUCCUGCAAACAGCAGAAAUGUGCUAAAGCAUCGCGUGGAGUUUUUGUGCGGAUUCCCCUACGCAUGCAGCUCAAAGAACGCUUUGAUGAUCCUGAAUUUCCUUAUCUUCUGAAGUAUCGCUUUCGUCGUGAACAAAAAUAUGGCAUUUUGUCCGAUAUCUAUGAUGGACAGGAGUACUGCAAGCAUAGCAUGUUCUUCGCAUCUGAAUAUAACGUGUCCUUCGCCCUCAACUUCGAUGGAGCGCCGAAGUUCAAGUCCUCAUCAGUACAAGUUUGGCCAAUUCAACUUUACUUGAAUGGACUGCCACCUCAUGUAAGGGGAUCAAGGCAACACAUGUUCUUGGCAGGGAUUUGGUGCUCAGUGAAGAAGCCCCCAACAUGUGCCUGUUUGGCCCCGAUCUUGGAGGAACUGGAAGAUUGAGCUACAAAUGGUGUGAAGGUUACUGUGAGAGGGGAAGAAGUUACUUGCAAGGCACGGCUACUUUUUACACUAGCAGACCUACCUGCAAAGGCAUCUUUGACUAAUAUGAUCCAGUUCAAUGGCAAAUUUGGUUGUCCAACGUGUAAACAUGAGGGAAAGCAGGUAUCGCAUGGUAAAGCUAAAGAAUUGACUGUAAAUAUAUAUGUAUGUUAUGCAGGUUUCAAUUGGAAGAGGUAGCACUCGAGCAUAUGGAUAUCAGCCAGUUACGUUACGGAGCCAUUCACAACACACAAAAUAUGCCAUGGAGGCUGAAGCAACCAGUCAAGUUGUAUACGGAGUGAAGGGAAAAUCUAUCCUUCACAACCUGCCUGAAUUUGACAUCAUUAACAAUAACCCUGUGGACUACAUGCACUGUGUGCUGUUGGGAGUAGUGCGUACAUUAAUAUCAUUGUGGUUCGACUCUAAAAACCACAAGGAGCCAUGGUAAAUUUUUUUUUUCUUUUGGAUAAUUAUGUUUUUGCCACUUUUUAGGUACAUUGGACGUAGGAUUUCUGAGGCAGAAUCAAGACUUCUCGGGGUUAAACCCCCUGAUGUAGUUACAAGGGUACCAAAAUCUUUCAGAGGUAGAGGCUGGAAAGCAACAGAAUGCAGAACAUUCUUACUUUACUAUCUACCACUGUUGCAUGGAAUCCUGCCUGACAAAUACCUCGUGCAUGCUCUGCUGCUCUCUAAGGCUAUGAGACUCCUUCUGGCCGAUGAAAUUUCUCAAGCAGACAUAGAAAUAGCUGACAACCUGUUGGGCUUAUAUUGGAGAUUAACAGAGGAUUACUAUGGCCUGAAGCACUGCAAGGUCAAUGUCCAUCUUUUGGGACAUUUGUCGCAUUAUGUGAAACUUUUUGGGCCUCUAUGGACUCAUUCUGCCUUUGCCUUUGAAGACGCAAUUGGAGGUUUGGUCAAAAAGUCUCAUGGGACACAUGACAUAGCCAAUCAAAUUGUGACAUCAUUUAUUCUCCAGUGGCGUCUUCAUGUGCAAAGAAAGCUCACGCAGGGUCCUCUCAUUUUAAAAUCAUUUGUGGAUCAACUAGACACAAAAUCAAGGUCAACUCAGAGAUGUACUCAGCUUAGUCAAUCCCUUGCUGGAGUUGGAGUGGCUAAGACCAUCAGUUUGGAUAUGGAAGAUGAAUCCAUAUUAAAGCCCCUGCUGGAGAAAAAUAGUGUCGUUAUCAAUGCCUAUGGAACAGUUAAGCUGUGGCCAAAGAUGAUUUUGCAAGAUAAAGUAACAAUAUAUAGUCAGGCUUCUAAACGGGUAACUAAACGGAACAGUUAUACUGUCACUUUUGUGGACCCUGAAAGACCUACUUGUGUUAGAUAUGGAAGAGUUCAGAAGUUUGUAUGUUGCCCACCUGACACACCAGAUAGCGUGAACGCAGCUAUCGUUCAAGAGUUGAAAGUUCAUAGGUGUAUGGAGCUUGAAGCCCUGUGCUUUCCUUCUGAUAUCCGAUGUCUCUCUGAAUUAGUCUGUUGUGAUUUUGUUUCUGUAGUGGGUGAGCUAUCUAAGCUUGCUAUACCUGUUGAACACAUUAUGGCAAAAUGUUUCGAUAUAUCUACUGUUAAUAUGUGUGUCAUCACCCAAAUGGUGUGUCAUUCAGAAGUUUUAAAAUGAUUUUUUUAUUAUUCCAGUUGUUAGUGUUUUUUUUUUAUGUUUGCAAGAUAAGUUGCAAGAUAAGUCUUGCAGUUGCAAACAAAAUCUUGCCGGCAGUCUUGCAAGGAAAUGGACAAUUUUGUUUUACUUGCAAGAUGAUGUCUUUUGCUGAAAUUUCUUUCAAGUUCUUGGAAGUAUAACUUGCAAGAAUCGUCUUUACAGUCCUCCUUGUACAAUCUUGCAAGAUCAUGGAACAUCUUGCAUAAACUUGUAU